ACGUGCGCCGAAUUUAUCGUCGUCAAAUCCCUUUGUCCUCCCAUCGAGAUCGCCGAGAUAAUCUUAAUUGUGUCGCGAUUCACUAAAAACUACACACUCGCUCGAAUCAAUCUAGCCGAGCUCCUUUUACUACCACUUCCACCAAUCCGAUCCAUUUUAGCAGACGAAACACAUCGCUGCUAAUUGGAGAAUUCACAAUGGCGUCCAAGUUUCUACGAGAGUACAAGUUGGUCGUAGUCGGCGGAGGAGGUGUAGGCAAAUCUUGCUUGACCAUUCAAUUGAUACAGAGUCACUUCGUCGAUGAAUAUGAUCCUACAAUUGAAGACUCAUACCGCAAGCAAUGCGUCAUUGAUGAUGAAGUUGCCCUUCUCGACGUACUUGACACAGCUGGCCAGGAGGAAUACUCGGCUAUGAGGGAACAGUACAUGCGCACCGGCGAAGGAUUUCUUCUAGUUUACUCUAUCACGUCCGAUCAAAGUUUCGAGGAAAUUCGCACCUUUCAACAGCAGAUUCUCAGAGUCAAAGACAAGGAUCCCACAGACUAUUUCCCUAUGGUCGUAGUCGGUAACAAGUGCGAUUUGGAGAGUGAACGAGAGGUCCCUCGGCAAGAUGGUGAGGCAUUGGCGAAACAGUUCGGAUGCCCGUUUGUCGAAACGUCAGCUAAGACCCGAACGAACGUCGAUAAGGCAUUUUUCGAUCUUGUACGAGAAAUUCGCCAUUACAACCGUAACAUGCAAGGCCUCUCAACAAACAGCGGCGGCAAUGGUGGCCUGAACGGACCUGCUAACAAGUUCGAGAUGAACGAGGGCGAAUCCGAGGCCGGCUGCUGCUCCAAGUGCGUAGUCCUAUGAGAUGGCAUAAAGAUGGAGCGGGAGCGAAUAGGUUUUUGUGGCGAUCUGGGCUAUGCAUACGAGAGGAUGUGGGCUCAUAGCCACGAAUACAUAUGAGGGUGUGUCCGUUUGUGCGUCCGGCAUGGACGCAAUGAACGAUAUUGGCAGUUCCGGAACGUACAUGUCGGGUCCAGUGAGGCAAAAUUGUUGCAUGGUAAUAGGAG